UUGACCCCGCCCCCACCGGGGUCCCCUUCUUCUGUCCCUAGCUGCCAGGCAGCAGCAACAGCAGCAGCAUCUAGUAUCAAGUCCCUGCCUGCUGCAGGCGCUCUGUGUGCCCAGGGAGCAGUGGCGCUGCCCGCCAGCGCGGGAGCCGGAGCGUGGCUGGACAGGGCAGGGCAGGGCAGGGCUGGGCUGGGCUGGGCUGGGCUGGGCUGGGCUUAGCCAGUGCUGGGGGCUCCCUGCUGCUGCUCCCGCCUGCCUGCCUUCCUGACCCGGAUGAAUUUCCAGAUCUCCUUCCUCAUUUAAUGCCAUCCCUUAUAUUGGCCCUUUGGAAUACUCCUCCCUCUUUCCUACGAAAAUGUUGCUUCAUCCUUGAAGGCCAUCUGAAAUCUACAGUACCUAUACUGGAACCACAAAAGUAAUUGCACUCUCUUAUUUGUUGGAUUAAAGACUCCUGGCCCUGGGCGUGCUGUAUAGAGGGGCCCUAGUUACAGUAACCAUGACAACAGCUAUCUUGGAGCGUCUCAGCACACUUUCAGUCAGUGGACAGCAGCUUCGUCGUCUCCCUAAGCUACUGGAAGAUGGCCUCCCCAAGAUGCCUUGUACCGUCCCAGAAACCGAUGUGCCCCAACUCUUCCGGGAGCCUUACAUCCACACUGGCUACCGCCCCACAGGCCACGAGUGGCGCUAUUAUUUCUUCAGCCUCUUUCAGAAACACAAUGAGGUGGUCAACGUCUGGACCCACUUGCUGGCAGCCCUGGCUGUCCUCCUGAGAUUCCGAGCUUUUGCCGAGGCAGAGGCCCUGCCAUGGACCUCAGCCCAUUCCUUGCCCUUGCUCCUCUUCAUCUUAUCCUCCAUCACAUACCUCACCUGCAGCCUCCUGGCCCACCUGCUGCAGUCCAAAUCAGAGCUGUCCCACUAUACCUUCUACUUUGUGGACUAUGUUGGGGUGAGCGUCUACCAGUAUGGCAGUGCCCUGGCUCACUUCUUCUACAGCUCUGACCCAGCCUGGUAUGAGCGGUUCUGGCUUUUCUUCCUGCCGGCAGCUGCCUUCUGCGGCUGGUUGUCUUGUGCUGGUUGCUGCUAUGCCAAGUACCGCUAUCGGAGGCCUUACCCAGUCAUGAGGAAGAUUUGUCAAGUGGUCCCAGCAGGGCUGGCCUUCAUUCUGGACAUCAGUCCCGUGGCCCAUCGAGUGGCACUGUGCCACCUGUCUGGAUGUCAGGAGCAGGCUGCCUGGUACCAUACCCUCCAGAUUGUCUUUUUUCUGGUCAGUGCCUAUUUCUUCUCCUGUCCUGUCCCAGAGAAAUAUUUCCCAGGCUCCUGCGAUAUCGUGGGUCACGGGCACCAGAUCUUCCAUGCCUUUCUGUCCAUCUGCACCCUCUCCCAACUGGAAGCCAUUCUUCUUGAUUACCAAGGACGCCAGGAUAUCUUUCUACAGCGGCACAGCCCCCUCUCUAUCUACUUGGCCUGCCUCUCGUUCUUUGUCUUGGCUGCCUGUAGUGGCACCACUGCAGCCCUCCUGAGGCGCAAGAUUAAGGCUGGACUGACCAAGAAAGAUUCCUGAGGGUGGCAGGUGGGGUAUUGUAUGGUUUCUUGGAAAUUUGCUUGGGAAAAAACCCCAAAACUCUAAAAAGUGUUGGGGGAGAAAAUUGGAAAAAAAAUUUUUUUCUAAGAGCUGUACUUUAAAUUAAACUUUAUUUCUGAGUACGAGCUUAUGGCUAAUUGGAAAGCUAAAAGUCUCUUCUUAUUCUAAUAACGGAAUAUUUCUUUUCCUUUAGCGAUAACAUUCUCAGACAGCACAGAUGGGGAAGUUACCUUGGCUAGGUUUCAUCAUGUCUCCGAAUCAAGAAGAACCCAGAUCGACUGGACCUAACUGGGCAAAAUUCCAGGUCCAGCCUUCCAAGGCUAG